UCGACAGCCACACGAGGGAUGGGAUGAGUGUACGAGCCACAUCGUCCACUUUUUAAGGUCCAUCCACAUUAUUAAAUUUGUGUGGAGAAUUCAGGAUAAACAUUGUUCUUAGAGUUCUGUGUUUUUUUUGGUUUUUCCUCCCAAUUUCUCACUACGAUCUGUGCCUGUAAAAAAUUGAGGAAGUAGGAGCGUAACAGCGACAGCAGUUGGCUUCCAGCAGACAUCGACGUCCAUUCUUAAGCUUGGAAGGAAGGGUAGAGAACAAUUGCAACGCAACGAGGAGAAGAAGUCUGUGUUCAUCGAAUCGCGAUCUUCUCCUUCUUCUUUUCUAAGUUAGUAUUGUUCAGUGCGUCCUCAAGCAGGCGCGAACCCUUCUGGAGGCCAUCUUUCUAUUGUCGUUUAUUGGUACAAUAAUGCAACACGAGAGCAGUGUGGAUGAGUUAUAUAUGGCUGAUAGGAAGAUAAAGUUCGGAGCUUUGGGGGGAGGAAGAAUUUCUUACCGCAUCUUGUAGGAGGGAAUGCUUCUCCGCCGAUGUUUUGUUUCGCGUUGAUCGGUUCCAGGAUCGAGACGCCCGAUUUGAGGAUCGGCAGAAGUUGAAGAACGCGAGGUUUUUCCCCCCUCCCGGAGGAACAAAAAGCGGAGGGAGGACGGUAGAUUUCAGAAGGAUGGUCUUUUGAUUCUUUGAGAGAAGGCGGCGAUGGAGGCAUCGGUAGCAUGUCUCCUUGAAUCAAACCCUAGCGCUCUUCUCCGAUAUAGUAAAUCUACAUAACCAAACCUUGUAAGCUGCAAACCCUCGUACCACACCCUUGGAUCUGAGCGAUGCCGUUUAAGAGCCUCGUCCGCGAGCUGAAGGAGAAGAGAGACGGCCCUGGAAGCGUGCCCAAGAGAGGCUGGCGCGGAGGAGGAACCACCGAAUCGAAGACGAUCGCGCACAGCGGAGGCUGUUCCCAGCGUACUCCGUGGCAACACCCGCCGAAUCUGGAGCAGCCGCAGGAAAGGUGGGCGAAUCUACCUCCGGAGCUCCUCUUGGACGUCAUCAGGCGGGUCGAGGGGAGUGAAGUCUCGUGGCCGGCGAGAAGGAAUGUGGUGGGAUGCGCCGCCGUGUGCCGUCUCUGGCGGAGCAUCACCAAGGAAGUUGUCAAAUCCCUUGAGCAUUGCGGCCGGAUCACCUUCCCCAUCUCCCUAAAGCAGCCUGCGCCACGAGAUUACCCCAUUCAGUGCUUCAUGAGAAGGGAUCGAGCAACCUCAACCUUCCGGUUAUACCUCGGUCUGAGCCCAUCACUGCGGAUGCAGAACGACAAGAUGUUGCUUGCUGCUCGCAAGAUCAGAAGGGCAACUAGCACUGACUUCGUGAUCUCGCUCACCGCUGAUGAUUUCUCGCGAGCUAGCAGCACCUACAGUGGCAAAGCGAGAUCAAAUUUUCUAGGAACCAAGUUUACAGUCUACGACAGCCAACCUCCAUACGAUGCUGCAAUUUCUUCGCGUAAUCGUUCAUCCAACCGAAGGAUCAAUUGCAAGCAAGUUUCACCUCGAGUGCCCGCCGGCAACUACAAUAUAGCCACCAUUUCGUACGAACUCAAUCUCCUCCGAACUCGAGGUCCGAGAAGAAUCCAGUGCGCCAUGCACUCGAUUCCCCUCUCUUCCAUUCAGGAAGGCGGAAGUGUGCCGGCACCCCGCAGUUUCACUCACGCCGUCGAUGAGCAACCCUCCGGAGCACCGACCAUGAAGGGCAAGGAACCGGUGACGGAAUUUUCCGCCGGGGAGCCGCUCGUUCUGAAAAACAAGGCGCCUAGAUGGCACGAACAACUUCAGUGCUGGUGCUUGAACUUCAGAGGACGAGUGACUGUGGCUUCUGUCAAGAACUUUCAGCUUGUUGCAGCUGCGAAUCCUUCAUGCAGCAUCUCCCCGGCCGAGCAAGAAAAGGUUAUUCUUCAGUUUGGGAAGAUAGGGAAGGACAUUUUCACCAUGGAUUAUCAGUACCCGCUCUCCGCCUUCCAAGCAUUUGCUAUCUGCUUGACGAGCUUCGACAAUAAGCCAGCAUGUGAAUGAAUGAAUGGUUGUUGAUGGAGGUAUUAAUUAUAUCGAUGUAUUCAUCUUCUCGUGACUACUUCUUUGUAUCAAAUGAGAGUGAGUGUCUACGAUCAAAUGUUAAUCAUAUCAAGCGUGGAUGUAAUAUAUUUUUGAUGUUUGUUAAAUCAAGCACCUUUAAAUGAA